GUGCAAAUGAAAUGCACGUCGACUUGGUGGGGGAGUUAGAAAAAUGGCCGCCGAAACUUUUUGUUGAAGUGUGUAAUAUAAAUAACAAGUGUUAAAAUGCAUUGCUGGAACGGCUUUUAAAAGGACCGAAACAUUUUGAUGAAUCUCCUGACGAGCAGUCUGCAGGGCACGGCGACGACGAGGACCAGGACCAUAGCGACGACGACGACAUUGUGGGCCGCGUCGACGACACCGACUACGACAGAUGAGUGACGGCGGAGGCGGCGGCGUGGUUGCGAUGCCGGGGGCUGUGCCCGCCGGCGAGCGCCGGCUCCGGCAGCUCGAGGGCAUGGUUCUGGGCGGGCCGACCGUCGCCCGCGACAAGGGUCUCAGCAUCGAGACCCUGCUCGACAUACUGCUGGUGCUCUACGACGAGUGUUGCAACUCGAGUCUCAGACGGGAGAAGACGGUCUCGGACUUCAUUGAGUUCGUAAAACCAAUAGCGACCACGGUGAAGAAUCUUCGAUUGACGAGGGACGAUUUCGAAAUAUUAAAGGUCAUCGGCAGGGGAGCCUUCGGCGAAGUAUGUGUGGUGAAGGUGCGAAGCUCGGAGAAGGUCUUCGCCAUGAAGAUCCUCAACAAAUGGGAGAUGCUGAAGAGAGCCGAAACGGCCUGCUUCAAGGAGGAACGCGACGUGCUAGUCUACGGAGAUCGCCGAUGGAUCACACAUUUACACUAUGCAUUUCAGGACGAAUCCAAUUUGUACCUAGUUAUGGACUAUUACUGCGGCGGCGAUUUACUCACGUUGCUAAGCAAAUUCGAAGAUCGUCUUCCAGAAGAAAUGGCCAGGUUUUACAUUGCCGAAAUGGUGCUGGCUAUAGAUUCAAUUCACAAUCUAGGAUAUGUUCAUAGAGAUAUUAAACCCGAUAAUGUAUUACUGGAUGCGAACGGACACAUUAGAUUAGCAGAUUUUGGUAGUUGUUUAAAAUUGAACGAGGACGGCACUGUGCAAUCCAACGUGGCUGUGGGAACUCCCGAUUACAUUUCACCGGAGAUUCUACGAGCAAUGGAAGAUGGACAGGGCCGAUAUGGUCCCGAAUGUGAUUGGUGGUCUUUGGGCGUGUGCAUGUAUGAAAUGUUGUUCGGCGAGACACCAUUCUAUGCCGAAAGUCUGGUGGAGACGUACGGAAAAAUUAUGAAUCACAAAAAUUGUUUUGACUUUCCCACAGACGUCGAAGUGUCUGACGCUGCGAAAGAUCUAAUCAAACAACUUAUAUGUAGCCAAGAAUUCAGACUUGGCCAACAUGGAAUUCAAGAUUUUAAAAAUCAUCCGUGGUUUGAGGGCGUGGACUGGGAGGGUAUCCGCGACAGCAACGCCCCUUACAUACCGGAAGUUUCUAGUCCAACCGACACAUCAAAUUUCGAUGUCGAUGAUGCCGACAUCCGAAUGUCGGACGCGAUGCCUCCAACCGCUAACAACGCCUUCACAGGGUUACAUCUGCCCUUCAUAGGUUUUACGUUCACUCAAGGAAGUUGUAUAUGUGAUUUGAGUGAUCUCUCUGUUCACAUCUCGAACUCGAACAUGACGGAAAUCCAAAACAAACGCAAUCAGGGCAACAUCAUGGCCCUGGCACUGAAUCAAGAGAAGGAAAUGGACAAGCGAAUGUCGCCGGACGGCACCAGGAAACUGCAAGACGAAAUAAAUACGUUAACGAAACGGAACUGCGAACUGGAGUCGCAGUUACGCAGCCUCGAGGCUGGUAACUCGAGUGGCAUGCACAUUGACAGUCACGACGGCGCCGACAGUAGCAAAAUUAAGGAAUUAGAAAAACUUGUGCGGGUGCUUAAACAGGAAAAGGAAGAAGCCAUGAAGGACCGACAAGAUUUACAGGAGAAACUCAAAUUCCAAGACAAGGAGUUGAAGGACACGUUGGCUCAAAAGAAGCUGGCGAUGACCGAAUACGCCGAAGUGUCGGACAAAUUGGCCGAACUGCGAAGACAAAAAGACAAAUUCUCACGACAAGUCCGCGACAAAGAGGAGGAGUUAGAGACGGUCAUGCAGAAGGUCGACACUCUGAGAAACGACAUUAGACGGGCGGAGAAACUUCGCAGGGAGUUAGAGAGUCGGGUGGACGAGGCACAGGCCGAAGCCACCAAGGAAAGGAAAUUGAGGGAACGAUCAGAGGAGUACUGCCGGCAGAUGCAGGCGGAAUCCGACAGGCUGCGUGUGAGGAACGAGCUAGGACCGAGAGAUCAGCAAGACUCGUUGAGGCUGAAAGCGGAACUGGAGAAAUUAGAGGUUCAGUACAAUGAAAGUCUCACGCAGCAACAAGCAAGAUUCAACAUGGAGUUAACUUCGUUAAGAGAGCAACUGAGUGAGGCUGAGAGUCACAGGGAGUUAUUGGAAAGAGAGGCACAGGCAAUGAAAGAGAAAAUGGAGAAAUCCAGGCAGGAGGCAGCAACAGAAACUGAACAAAUUGUACUCGAGCUGAAACGGCGACAUGACAGAGAAAAGCAAAUUUUAUUGGAAGACAAUAAUAAACUUAGUUCAAAUGUUGAGUUUUUGUCAGAAUCAAUGAAUAGACUACAGUCAGAACGUGCCAACCUUGAAACGGAAUAUGAGCAGUUGCGUAACAAACAAGAUGCUCUGGACCAAUGGGAGUCCCAACUCUCGGAGAUCAUUCAGUGGGUGAGCGACGAGAAAGAUGCCAGAGCCUAUUUGCAAGCUUUGGCGACCAAGAUGACCGAAGAAUUAGAAUAUCUGAAACAUACGGGAGUUUCGAAUGUCGUGGGCGGUACAGAUAAGAACUGGCGGAACAGGCGAUCACAAAAACUGGAAAAGAUGGAACUGCUGAAUUUGCAGAGUUCACUGCAGUCGGAGAUCCAGGCCAAACAGGCCAUUAGCGAAGAUUUAAGUAAAACGAGGGAGGCGUUACUUGCUGCUCAGAAAGAACUGAGAGAACAAAGACAACGAAACGAAGCCUUGGGAUUGGAUCUUAAAAGAAAGGAGAAGCAGAUCAAGGAUUUCCAAAAUCGAUUGGAUUCUGAAGGAUUUUUGGAGCGACCCUCUUCCCAAAUGUCAUACUUGGACCAAUUCUUGAAGGAGAACAACUCCUCGUCGCAGCAGAUCCAGAACCUAAACUACGACCAAGCUCUGCAAUCCAACUUGCUGUACCAAGGCGGAUCGAUCGAGUCCGAGGAAGGGGAUAUUGAAGACAACCGAGCCUUGAGCAUGACCAGCUCUAAAAGCAAUCUAUCCGAGUUGAGCCUGCACGAACCACAGGUCCAAAUGAAACACAAAGCCCACCAGUUCUUGGUUCGAACCUUCUCUAGUCCGACGAAGUGUAGUCACUGCACCUCGUUGAUGGUGGGACUGAUGCGACAGGGCAUGGUCUGCGAGAUUUGCGGCUUCACCUGUCACACGUCGUGUUGUCCACACGUCCCGGCCGUUUGUCCCGUACCCCCAGAUCAAACAAAACGACCAUUGGGCAUUGAUCCGACAAGAGGAAUCGGUACCGCGUACGAAGGCUACGUCAAAGUACCCAAACAGGGUGGUGUCAAAAAAGGUUGGGUGAGACAAUUCGUUGUUGUCUGCGACUUCAAGCUAUUUUUGUACGACAUAUCAACCGACCGUAAUGCCUUACCAAGUGUUCAUGUAGCUCAAGUAUUAGAUAUGCGAGAUCCACAGUUUAGUGUUAGUAGCGUUAAAGACUCGGAUGUUAUACACGCCAACAAAAAAGACAUCCCAUGCAUCUUCAAAAUCACGUCUUCAUUGAUGGAACCACCAGGUCCACGCAACUCCACCCUAAUGCUGGCCGAUAGUGAAGCGGAAAAGAACAAGUGGGUGGUGGCGUUGGCAGAGUUGCACCGCAUCAUGAAGCGCAAUAACCUGCCCAACACCACAGUGUUGGUUGCCCGGGAACUGAUCGACAACUCCGUUAAUCUACUGCGUAAUACUCUCAGCGCCGCCAUCAUUGACCCAGACCGUAUUGUGCUCGGCACCGAGGAAGGUAUGUACUGCAUCGACCUGGAUCGGUCCGAAAUAGCACGCAUUGGGGAGGCGAAGAAAUUAAGUCAGUUGGAGUACAUCAGUGAAGAACACCUGCUGGUGGUUGUCAGUGGAAAGCAGCGACACGUGAGGCUGGUGCCGAUUAGGGCGCUUGAUGGUGAUGACACAGAAUGGAUUAAAGUGGCGGAGAGUAAGGGAUGUUCGGUGCUAACGGUCGGAUCGGUGCUUAAGGCACCCCUCACUUUCUGUCUCUGUAUUGCCAUUAAGAAACAACAAAACCAAUCGAUAAUUAGCAUAUAUGAAAUUACCAGAACAAGGACACGACAUCAAAGGAUUCGUGAAUUUGUCAUUCAAGUUAACGUGCAGUCACUUCAAUUCCUCUCCGACGGAAGAUUGUGCGUGGGAUCUCCCUCCAGUUUUAUAGUUUAUGAUGUUCAAAGUGCUGAUCAACAGCUAAUAUGCUUGUUGCAUCCAGAUAAUCCAUUGUACCAAAUGAUAACGUGCAAUUCAAUAGAUGCGUUAAGGGUAAUUGAACUACCCAGACACGAAUAUUUACUAGUUUUUGGUACAUUGGCCGCUUAUGUCGACAGAAAUGGCAGGAAGUCCAGAGAAAGAGAAAUUAUGUAUCCUGCUGUACCUACUGCCAUAGGUUACAGAGAUGGACAUCUGAUUGUUUAUAGCGACACUCACAUAGAUAUAUUCAAUUGUGCUACAGGAGAAUGGGUGCAAACCAUCAAUAUAAAGAAGGCGAAACCUCUCAAUGAAAGCGGAUCGCUGUCGCUUUGCAUUUUGAACGAUUUAACGCACUUGCUUUAUAUGUCCAACAUUCAUCAGAGAGAACUGUUAAAUUUAGACAAUAUUGUCACCUUGGAUAGGGAUGGUAGAACAAUUCAAAAGACCAGGCGAAGGUUCUCUCUUAGAGAAGGAAACAGAUCGCAGAGAAUGAACACAGAUAGACGAUCACGUCUUAUUUCGGCACCGACCAAUUUCAACCACAUCAGUCACAUGGGACCCGGCGAGGGGAUCCAGCGACAACGGUUAAUCGACUUAACAACGAACUUGGUAGAUAGUCAAGACCCCAACGUGUAUCCUCCCCAACCCCAACCCCGAACGCAGAAUGUGAAGCUGACUGCGCCUCCGAAACACGGAGAGCGAAAGCGACCGGAAAUCUCGAAUCCAACGCCGAUCAGGCCCUCGUUUCCAGCAUACAACGGUGCUAAGAGGACUGCACCACCACGGCCAAGAGAUUUGCCGCCAGCACUGCCUCGACCGUCGGACACGUCUCCAUCUCCUGAUCCGGCCAGCAUUGGUAGCAUGUCAUCUUUACAUGACAUGAUCAAGCAUCAACUAUUCCACUACAGCGCUGAUACGUAAUCUUACUGUCUGGGAGUGACUACAUUUAAGUAUCUGUGAUAAUCAAAUGGGAACGGAUAAGAAUAGUCCAAGACACUCAAUAGCUUCGAAUAACAGCUCGAAUAUAUCGACGCCUCCCUCUCCACAAGCGGACCACCCGCACAGUUCUAGCUACGAAAGCUAAACUAUGCCAUCAAAAUAUAUUGAACCCACAUAAAUACUAUAAUGUCAAAUAAAAGAUGUUCAAAUAUGUCGUUAACCGGUGUAUAAGCCGUCUAAUCCUCAACGCAUAAUCAAACUCGUAGAUAAGUUUAUAUCUAGCAUGAAUGCAUUUUGCAAGUUAGCCUUUGGUUUUGUAGUAUUAGACAAUUUAUACAUCUAGACUGAUUAGUUACCUCAGAAUAAGAUUUACGUAAAACAUGGAAGUUUUAAAACAAUAACUAUGAUAUAUUGGCGUAUGUGGCUAUUAGGGGAUGAUUGUUUCAAAUUUUAUUUCGAAUGUUUUCGGUCCGAAUAUUUGCACCUAAUAGCCUCAUAUAAUACAUUUAAUUAGAUUUAGGAGGCACUUGUACUUAAUAUUUUUAUUUCUUGUACAUUUUUGUGUAUUGAUUUUAAUUAUUUAGCAUGUCUGCUUUGUUCAUAAUUUAAUUAAAUUAUGUGUUUACCAAGUGUAAAAUAAGAGUCAAUAAGUGUUGUACGAAUUUUAUUGAAAAAUAUAUUUUAUUUCCAAUGAUGAAUUUAUAAAUGGAACAAUUUCAUUUUUGUGAAAUUGUUUCAUUUAAUUUAUAUUUAUAUAUUUUAUAUUUAUAUCUAUUUAUUGCUUUGUUUUUUAUAUUUCACUAUCAAAAAUAUUUUAUCCUAGCAAAGUUAACAAUUUGUAGGUUUUUAAGGAGUAUUCGAAUAUUCAAUAUUAUUCCACUAAAUUCCAUAUAAAUUUUAUCAGUCAAUUAGUCAUAAUGGAUUAAGACGUGCUUUCGUAUAUAAAUUUUAUAUUAUUGUCUGUACCAACCCAUGUAGUGACCCUUUGAUAAUUAUAAUAAUUAAGUUUAAUUUCCUCUAAGGUUAAAAUCACAAGGGAGCAUGAACAUUGGUUGGUGAAAUAUUCAAUUAAUUUUUGAUAUUACAGUAUUGAUCAUUGAGGUAUCUUGUAUUAUUGCAUUGUUUGUCAUUUCAUUGUAACCAAUUUUGUUAGUACAAUUUUUUAUUAUUUAUUAAGCAAAUUUACAGUGAGACAAUAUUAGUAUUUGUGAGUGACUAAUUAAUAGAAUUUCAUAAUUAGAUUUUGUACUUGUUGAAAUAUCAAUUUAAUAAAAUUCUAGUCACUUUUACAAAUACAGUAAAUACAUUUUUCUUGAGAAAAUGUGAAUUUUCGACUAAUUAUAUUAUUAUGGUGCAUUAAAUUUUACCUUUGUGAUGAUUUUUCAUUGAUUUUGAAAUUAUGUGAUGUAUGUUCACAAAAUAUUAACAUGUAACAAACUAGAGGACAUAUUUAUUUUAUUAAUAGAGUAACUUAUAUUAACAAAUAUGAAUAGUAUUAUAUAUAAAUUCACAAAUAACAUUUAAGUUAUAAUCUAUUUUGUUUGUGUGUUUUUACUAUUUCAAUUUAGUGUGUAACUCUUCUAUUUAUUUAUCUUAUACAUUUCAGAAAUAGUUUGCUUUCUAUUCUAUUUCCAAUUGUAUAAUCCGAACAAACCUAUGGUAAUAAAAAGUUUAAAUAUU